AUGAACCUAGCAAAUCUGGGAAUGGACGAGGACACACCGGUGCUGCUCAUCCUUACUGUGGAAGGCGUGCUGGUCUUCGACAACAAGGACAUCCACCUGCAAGCGACAUAUAUCUGGGUGAAGGGUGGUACCUUUGAGAUUGGAACCGAAGAACGUCCCUUCCGGCACCGGGCUCUCAUCACCCUGCACGGUCAGAAGUACAGCACCAUCCGACUGCCGGUCAUCGGCGGGAAGGUGCUGGCAGUUUCCAACACGCAGUUCACCAUCCGAGAGCAAGGUGACAAUGCCAUCGAGGAAGGUAACAUCGGCACGCUGGACAUCCACGGCAUGCCAAGGCUCAAGGUCUGGACCAGGUUGGCCCAGACGGCCAACGCAGGUGACCGGGUGAUUGUCCUGCAGGACAUCGUCGAUUGGAAGCCGGGUGAGGAGCUCAUGGUAGCCGCCACCGACAUUCCUCACAAGCACUUCGAUGGCAACGGCUUGCACGGCGCGCCGCCCAUGGACUUCCACAACGAGCGGGUGUAUGUUGAGAGCGUGGCUUCUGACAUGAAGACCAUCACACUCACGGCGCCCCUGGAGUUUACCCACAUCUCCACCUUCUUUACCCGGCCGCUUGAUGACGAGUACAUCGACCUGUCUGCUGAGGCGGAGGAUGCGCUGGUGGCAUCCGGGGUGUCAGACCGGCUCAUGGUGACGGGCAACCGAAACCUAGUCAUUUGCUUUCCACGAGAUCCCCGGCUAGUCCUGGGUGAGAGCUCAGCUGAGUUUCAGAAUUUGGAGGCCAACGAGAUCAAAACAGGUGAUGGAGAUUUGCCAUGCUGGUGCAGGCACCAUGAUUUUGCAAGGCUGGCCUGCUGUGGGGCGGUGAAGAUGCCAUGGUAG